AUGCCGUCCACAGCCCCCAUUCUCCGGCCUAAAAAGGCGCAGGCCGUCAAUGCCCAUGAGGAAGAGGACCCGAUCAGCUACGAUAUCAACAUUCCUUACGUGGACGUCACGAAAGAAGUGCAUUCCCGCACAAGAUAUCCCGAGUACCUCCCCACAUGGGACAAAGUGUGGUUUGAUCCGCUUCCUCCCUUUGAGUACCAGGAUCCCGCCCUACGCGUGAAGGACAAGAGCAAGCCCAACCUUCUGACCCCCGACACCAAAGUCACUGAGAUUCAACCCCGCAUCGGAAGCAUCGUGGAGGGAGUUCAACUGAACCAGCUGUCGGAUGCAGCAAAGGACGAAUUGGCACUGCUCGUUGCAGAGCGCAAGGUGGUGGCGUUCCCGAAUCAGGAUUUGAUAGAUGCCGGUCCGGAGGAACAAGAGGCAUUCAUGCGCCACUUCGGCAAGCCUAACUACCAGCCGGUCUCUGGCUCCGUGCGCGGUCACCCUGGAUUCCACAUCAUUCAUCGGGAUGGAAACCGGGAGGAGAUUUCACGCUUCUUGGAGCAGAGGACCACCACCACGCUUUGGCACCAAGAUGUCAGCUAUGAGAUUCAACCACCUGGCUAUGUCAUGCUAGGAUUGUUGGAAGGUCCUGAGGUGGGCGGCGAUACGGUCUUCUCCGCAACGGAUAUGGCGUACAAGCGCCUUUCUCCCACCCUCACCUCGUGGCUGGACACAUUGCGGGCGACUCACUCCUCUGCCAAAAUGAUCGGUCACGCUCGCAUGACUGGCAGCUUGGUGCGCAAGGACGCUGUCGACACCGUGCACCCCCUUGUGCGCGUGCAUCCGGUAACAGGCGAAAAGUGCCUGUUCGUCAACGGAGAGUUCAUCACGAAGAUUCAAGGUCUGAAGGAGCCUGAGCAGAAGUGGCUGAUCGACUUCCUCAUGCAACACAUCAUCACCGGGCACGACUUCCAGGCCCGAGUCCGAUGGCAACCCCGGACAAUUGUAAUCUUCGACAACCGCAGCACCACACAUUCGGCUAUUGUUGACUACCUAGACGACGAUAACGGUGCGAAGCUUCGCCACAUCUUCCGCAUGUGUGCCUUGGGCGAAAAGCCCAUUCCGGUUUACGACCAGUUCGAGUAGGAUUUCGUUCCAAACCUCCGAUGCGCCUCUUGCCGCAAAUGCUUCCUUCUCUACAUUGCACAACUAGAACGGAUGUUCGAAGCGACUGGCCAUAUCAGAGUCUGGGAUCAUCGACUUCCCUGCCGCUGUGCUGACGAACAAUUCUUUAUAAUAUACCCUCGUUCCUGGGUUCAAUCUCCAGGAGUUUCUUCUUACGUGAUCCUUUCUUCUUUUAUCUUUUCUAAUAUUUGACUUGAUCUUUCGUUUUGACCGUUCGAAAUUGAUACCUCAGUCUUUGUGCUGUUAUUGUUGUCGUCGUUGUGUGUUCCCCAUGCGACUUUGAAUAGACCGAUUGAUCAUUGGAUUUUUACAUACCUAGACCGGCGGAAUGUGCGGGGGAGAUCUCGAAAAGUUCGCGUUAUUUUUGACCUGCAGG